CAGGUUUCAGUUCUCUACAGUUCUGUUCUCUUUUUUUUUUUUCUCUGUGUUCUGAUGAUUCAUUAUCUACAUUUGAUCGGUGAGCUUUGGUUCUGCAGUGUUGCUAAAGUAGCCGAGUGGUUCUUGGAAACUAUAUUUCUCAGGAACUUUCUUAGUGGAGGAGGAAGAACAAUGAAGUCGAAGCUAGACGGUGAGGAAGAGGAGUUAGAGUUAGGAUUAGGUUCGGUGACGUUCACGAGAGGGUUAGGGAGAAAAAGGGUUUUGUUUUCAAGCAGAGUCCGAGAAUCUUUGCUUGAGAUUCCGGCAACUGAAUCGACCCCCGUGAAGAGACAAAAAAGCCGAACUACUAAUGUUUCGUUGUCUUCUGAGAGAUCUGGCCUUGAAUCUCUGCCUCAAGAACUCUUGAUUCGAGUGGUUUGUGGUGUGGAUCAUGAGGAUCUGAAGAGUCUAAAUAUUGUAUCUAAAUCAAUCAGAGAAGCUAGUUUGAUAGCAAAAGAGUUACACUUUUCAUAUACCACACCCAAAAAGACUCGAGCUUCUCGAAACCAACUAGCUUUUGAGGAUUCGAGCCAGCAAGUGGAAGAUGUCGAACCUCCUAACGCACCGGUUCGCCAUCGUUGGACCAAGGCUAAGAGGAAAGAGGAGCUGUCUAAUGUCUCUGUGGCAUUGUUUACUUGAAAAUGAUGAUGAGAUGUGUAGAUGGUGGGAUUCGAGUGGCUAAAGUGUUAUACACUUAACUACUGUUAAAGUCUCUUUGACGGUUGUUAGCCUUUUAAGAUUAGUAUGCAAUUUGAUCCAGAAGCUUUUAGGGUUCUAGAGUUUGGUUUUUGUGUAUAGUUUCAUUUUCUGCAUACCUUGGGAACUGAAAUGGUUUUUUAAUGUAUUUCAGUCUUUUGGGUU